AUGGGAAUGGUUUUAGCUUUAUAUGAUCCUCUGGAACUCCAGCUGGAAUUGAAGGACCUACAGAAAGAUCCUCCUGCAUUGUGCAAUGCUGGCCCAGUGGCUGAUGACUUGUUCCAUUGGCAAGCUACGAUUAUGGGCCUUGCAGAUAGAGCAUUUGCCAGAGGUGUAUUUCUUGUGUCAAUUCACUUCCCUCCUGAUUAUCCUUUCAAACAACCCAAGGUUUCAUUCCGCACAGAGGUUUUCCACCCUAAUAUCAACAGUAAUGGUAGUAUUUUCCUUGACAUCCUCAAAGAGCAAUGGAGCCUUGCGCUUACAAUAUCCAAGGUCUUUCUUUUUAUAUGCUCUCUGCUGACAGAUCCCAACCCAGAUGAUCCUCUGGUCCUUGAGAUUGCUCAUAUGUACAAGACUGACAGAGCCAAGUAUGAGGCUACUACACGGUCUUGGACCCAGAAAUAUGCCAUGGGCUAGGAUCACUAGUUGAUCUGCAAGAUAUUUACCCAUAUUCUCUGCCAUAGUAGUAAAUAAAUAGACUUGAAUUGAUCUAAACAAAUAUGAAAUUGUAUUCUCCUUUCUGCCAGCUACUUUGAACUUCAAUAUUGGAAAAACAAUUUCAUACUAUAUGAAGUUUAUGGACGAAUUUACAUAUAUUUUGCAUGGUUUCCAUUAAAUUCAUUUUAAACUGCACUCUUUUUUUCUCUAUAUUUAGAUUCUUUAUUGUUGGGGCAAAGCCUGGGAAGGUAACUCGAUCUGCAUGGCUUUUUUUUUCCAACAUCUUGAAGCGCUGCUUGGCUCUUUGUCAGCUUCUAAUUUGAGCGUAAAAUAUUGUAAGAAAUACUUAGGACUUCAACCUUGGAGG